AUGUUCGCCUCGGUGGGCCCUCGGGGCGGCCCGCGCCCAACGGUCACCCCGGCAAUCCUGGAGCCGGACCUGAGCCAUCUGACGGAGGAUGAGAGGAAGAUCAUCAUGGCUGUGCUGGCUCGGCAACGGGAGGAGGAGGCGAAAGAGGAGGCCAUGUCAAAAGAAGAGAAGCCUAUCCAAGCAAGAACGGUGAACCUGGUUGGGCAGAAGAAACCGCAGCAAAAUGACGUCCGAGGAAUCCAGCAGCAGUUGUCCAGCUACAGGGAGACGGUGAUUCGACAGGCCACGGUGGCGGCAGGCUCGACCCUCCACCGGGACGACGCGCCGACCUGUGGCAUCUGCCACAAGACCAAGUUUGCAGACGGCUGCGGGAACCUGUGCUCGUACUGCCAGACCAAGUUCUGCGCCCGCUGCGGGGGGCGAGUGUCGCUACGAUCCAACACGGAGGACAAAGUGGUGAUCUGGGUGUGUAAUAACUGCCGAAAGCAGCAGGAGCUCCUGACCAAGCCGGGCGAGUGGUUCACCGGUCCGGCCGGGAAGCUCGCCGGCCUCGGUUCGGCCGUCAGCGAGCCGUCUGUGUGCCAGACGAUCGGCGACAAGAAGCUUCGGUCUCGCUCCCAAGCGCCUCCAGGCACCACCGCCGCGAUCCAAGACCCCAACCGGCCUGGCGUGCCUGGGGCCGCGCCCAGCGCCGAUACCCGGUCACGUAGCGAGCCGCCACGAGAUGCGAGAAAUGGAAGAGGAGGCGGAGAAGCUGGUCGGGGAGAGCGUCGGCCGGGUCAGCCCAGGCUGCAGACCCAGGUCUCCAUGGACCGGCACCUCCGGGGGGAUUCCAGGGAGCGACGGGAGAGCCGGCGGCUGUCGAAGGGCCGCUCUCUGGAGCACGACCCUGUGGGAGGAGCCGGCGGGGUAAGGCGGACAGUAGAGGGGGGCUACCACCACAUGGACUACAGCGGGGCCCCCCCUCGCCAUGCAGGGCCGGUCCCACCUGGAGGCCGGGGCCACCCUGCGCCCGCGCAGGGUCGCGGCGGGGGAGUGGGAGGGGAGGCCGGGGACGGCGUGCGGCCCGGGCAAAGGACGGCGGGUGGGGUCGCCGGGCCACACGAACACACCCUCGCCCAGCAACCCCUCCCCCCUGAACUCAGAGAGCCUUCCGGCUCGGCCCCCGGCCAGGGGCCCGUGGUGAGACGGACCAAACGGGAAAAGGCUGAGAGCAUGCUGCGCAAUGACUCGCUGAGCUCCGACCAAUCGGAGUCCCUGCGCCCGCCGCCGCCGAGGCCCUACAAGUCGAAGCGGGGGAUGGGCGCUGGGGGGAAGAGGCAGACCAGCGUCAGCAGUUCGGAGGAGGAGGGAGGGACCACGCCCGAGUACAGCAGCUGCGAGGACGGCGAGAUCGAGAGCGUCAGCGAGAGAGGCGACUGGGAGUGUUACCCACAUGACCCCACCGUAUGGCAUCAUCCUGUCACCUGGCAGCCAUCCAAGGAGGGAGACCAUCUACUCGGACGAAUCACCCUCAGCAAGAGGAGCGCCGCCAUGCCAAAAGAAGCUGGAGCUCUGCUGGGGUUAAAGGUGGUGGGAGGCAGAAUAACAGAGUCAGGGAGAUUAGGUGCCUUCAUCACUAAAGUCAAGAAGGGAAGCCUGGCUGACGUGGUGGGACAUCUAAGAGCAGGGGAUGAAGUGCUGCAGUGGAACGGGAAGCUGUUACCGGGGGCGACCAUGAAGGAAGUUUACAACAUCAUUCUGGAGUCUCAAGCCGAGCCUCAAGUGGAGCUGUUGGUAUCCAGGCCGAUUGGGGUGUUUAGAAAAUAUCAUGAUAUCCCAAGAAUCCCCGACACGUCCCACCCUCCAUUAGAAUCUACAGGUUCCAGUUCUUUUGAGUCCCAGAAGAUGGAGAGACCAUCCUUACAUGUCCUGUCUCCCUCCAGUCCCGGGAUGCUUCAAGAUCAAGAUGCUCCUCAGUUAAUGCCAGGGCAACUCUCAGUGAAGCUGUGGUAUGACAAAGUCGGUCAUCAGCUCAUGGUCAACGUGCAGCUGGCCACAGAGCUUCCUCUUCGGCCUGAUGGCCGGCCAAGGAGCCCCUACGUCAAAAUGUACUUCCUCCCUGACCGCAGUGACAAAAGCAAACGGAGGACGAAAACAAUGAAGAGGACCUGUGAGCCCAAGUGGAACCAGACGUUCGUCUACCCUCACGUCCAUCGCAGGGAUUUCCGCAACCACAUGCUGGAGCUGACGAUAUGGGAUCAACCCAGGUCACCGGACGAGGACAGCACCUUUAUGGGAGAGAUCCUCAUCGAGCUGGAGACGGCCUUGCUGGACGACAAGGCCCACUGGUAUCCACUCCAAACCCACGACGUCUCCUCCAUACCGCUACCCCGACCCUCCCCGUUCCUGCCCCGACGACACACCGACGCCCCCGGCAAAAAGCUGCAGCGUUCUCAGCGUGUAACAGAGCCUGAAUUUGAUGAAGGUACAGCAGUAAUGUCUAAAGCAGCAGACGGGCGGGGCAGGGAGAGGCAGCGGGAGUCCACGUCCACCCUGGAGGUGCCGGACCAGCAGAGGACACCCGCCCUGCACAUUCGCUCCCGCUCGGUCUCGCCGCACCGCGAGGAUCAGGGGCGGACGCGGUCCCGGCCGCCCAACGUUCCCGCCCAGAGGAGUCUGGAUGACGAGCUUCCUCACGCGCGCCGCUCCCGCUCUCCGACCCGCCACUACGACACCGCCAGGGGUCGCCAUCAGGAGGAGUACCUUGAUGACAGUGAGGUCAUCAUGAUCCACUAGUCAAUGCGAGGCAAAAGUGCCGAGUGCCUCCACACCAGGAGAUCUCCUAGGCCCAAUAACACACUGCCCCCUAAGAUGCCCCUUUUGUUCCACGGCACCCACACACACACAAACAGUGAUCUGCAGCCUUCUCUGGACAGGGUUAGGAGCGCUAGCGCCAACUGUCUGACUCCAGACUAUCACGCCCCCUCAUCAGAGACUGAAAGAACAUCUUUGUCCCAUUCCCUGCCCCGGAGACGUCCGGCAAGCCCCAGGAUUCUUAUCCAACAUGCGUCCCCUGAAGAUGACAGGCAGCCUCGGACCCCGGAGACACCCGAGUGUCACGCUGUUGGCAGGAAGCUCCCAGACAGCGGCAGGGGCCACCUCCAAGGUGGUGCGUCUCUUUCCUCCUCAGUGACGUCCUCCUCCGCCCGCAGAGUGAGGCAACUCCCACAGCUUCCCCCCAAGAGCAGCACUGUGGAACAAGCCCUGGUAGCAGAAGAGUGCGUUCGUCAGCUCCAGAUGAGGGUCCAUUCCAACCGGGCAUCAGCUGCCGCCACCUCCAGCCAACAUGACCUGGACCGAGCCCUCAAGAUUAAACGGGAGCUCUACAAGGACCAGAGGCGGAGCAGCGAGAACGCCUCCCAUAAGUCCUCGGACAGCGAUGUCAGCGACGUGUCAGCCAUCUCUCGAACCAGCAGUGCCUCUCGCAUCAGUAGCACCAGCUACAUGUCCAUCCAGUCAGAGAGACCCCGGGGACGCUUCAGGGCCAUGCGUGCAACGGGCCGCCACAUGAUGAAGAGCACCAGCGUGAGCGGCGAGAUCUACGGCACGGAGCACGCCGACGGCAGCCAAUCGGACACGGCGCUCGGAAGCCUGGGGAGCGGCAUCAAGAAGCGGCGCUCGAGCCUCAGCCAGCGCGUCGUCGCCAUCUUGCCGUCCAGGCGCAGCCGGAGCACGUCGCAACUCAGCCAGACGGAGGCGGCGGGUAAGGCGACGCAAAGACAGAAAGAAGCUCCGGCAGGGAAGAAGGUGGGUAAGGGCGGCAGCAGCAUCCAGAGGAGCGUGGAGACCGGCAUGGCGGUGGAGUACCCGCGGGGAGGGUCCACCAUGAACCGGCAGGCCAGCAGAGAGUCGACCGAUGGCAGCAUGAACAGCUACAGCUCUGAGGGGAAUCUGAUCUUCUCAGGUAUGCGGUUGGGCGCCGACAGUCAAUUCAGUGACUUCCUGGACGGUUUGGGCCCCGGUCAGCUGGUUGGCCGGCAAACUCUGGCCACGCCUGCCAUGGGUGAUGUUCAGAUCGGUUUGAUGGAUAAGAAAGGUCAGCUGGAGGUGGAGGUGAUAAGGGCACGAGGCCUGACCUCCAAACCAGGCUCCAAAUCCCUCCCAGCUCCCUACGUCAAGGUGUACCUGCUGGAUAAUGGAACUUGUAAAGCCAAAAAGAAAACCAAGAUUGCACGAAAGACCCUGGAGCCCCUCUACCAGCAGCAGCUGCUCUUCGAGGAGAGUCCCCAGGGCAGGGUGCUUCAGGUGAUAGUUUGGGGCGACUACGGACGAUUGGACCACAAAUGCUUCAUGGGCGUAGCACAGAUCUUAUUGGAGGAGCUGGACCUCUCGAGCACGGUGAUUGGCUGGUACAAACUGUUUCCGCCGUCCUCAUUGGUGGACCCUACGUUAGCUCAGCUCACGCGGCUGGCGUCUCAGACGUCACUGGACAGCUCAGGACCGCCACCGGGCGUUCGGUCCUAGUGACCGAGUGGCGACCGCAAACCCGGCCCCCUUUCGAUACACAAAUAAUGGACCACAGCUGCUGGACCGGGACUGAGCACAGCGUGAGAACCACGGGCCCUCAGUCAACACAUGAAAAAGCUAGACGGAGCAACAGGGAACGAGAGAGAAAGAGAGAGAGAGAGAGAGGGAGAGACAAAACUAGCCAAUCAAAGCCGAGCUGGAGUCCGACAAUCACGUCUUACACCCUCCCUCUUAUCUCGUCCGUAUGCCUCUUUGUUUUUUCGGGGCUUUCCUUCCUUAGCUUCUCUCCUCUGCAGCAGUGGAGGAUCCUGUCCGACAUUCUUCACCUCUCCCUGAUGCUUUUCCUUUCUUUUCUCCUUCCUCCUUCCUUUCUGGUGCAGCCCCAAGAACGAAGGGAUGCACCGACCCCCUAUUCUAACCCCCCUGGUACCGAUACCAGGGUUUUGGGUCUCAGAAGAUGCCGAGUACCGAUCCGCGACCAGUGUUGAAUAAUAAGCUGUGCGUCUCACUUUUUAACGCAGCAACAAAUGGGUCAAAAACUUAAACGGGAUUACAAAUUCCAGGAUUUAAUGUUGAGUAGAGAAACAUCAAACUAAAUUGAAUAGAUCGGCCCCUUUGUCACAGAAAUCCCAUCCAGCUAUUAGAAUCAGAACCAACCCGUUAUCGGUAUGGGUGCAUCCCCAAUCAAAGCCUUUCUGAACCAAUCAGAGUAGAGCUUGCUGCUAAGCCACAGGGAAGAGUGGUGUCAAGUUUAAACGAUGCGCGGGAGCUAACAAGUAGCGAACCGAGGCCGCUUCAGCCGUGCGGCCGUGCGGUUGGUGUUUGCGUUUCCGUGGUGAGCACGAAGAGGCGAAGGGAGCCUGCACACGCACACGCACAUUGUGAGCCUUGUUGUGACGGAUGAAAGCAAGCACAAGGAAAGCUUGACUCCUUUAUUUUGGACAGAGUAACAGAGAGGAAACAAAGUAGAUGCCAAAUUUACUAUUUUAUUAUUAGAAUUUUUUCAUUGUGAAUCUUCCUUCUUUGUUUAGAGUUCAGGAUGUUACCGCGAGGCGCAGACUCCCUCUCUGUGUGUGUGUGUUUCAAAGCGAUGGUGCGCCAUUCGCCCGAAACACCCUUUGCCCAACCCCCACCCCCCAGGAGGGAGUAACAGCAUGACUCAGGGCUACGUCCCGCCCCCACCCACCCCCCCGGCUCCAAGCCGCAUGCACGUUUCUUUCGUUCUGUUCGUUUUCUUUUUUCCUAUGUUUUUCUUUUUUUGUAAAAUAAAAAGACAAGACAAAUGAACGAACGAUUCUAAAAAAAAAAAAAUAAUUACAAUUAAAAACAGGAAAAAAAAGGACUAGACCGUGUGUGUGUUAGUUCCACAUACUUUUAGGCCAGCUUGUAUGUUGCAUGUUCUUGUACAGUUUGCUUGUACUGAAUAUGAAUACAAACCGAGAAAAGCCAAGCCAUCCCCGCCCCUCACCCCACCCACGAGGAGCAAACCAAUAGAGGGGGGUUCAAACUCCGACCAGGCCACGCCUUCCAUGCUGGGUCUAAAUAUCCUUCUCUCCGGGAAAAUAAAUGAUAUUUUGUAUUUCAGUGUUUCUUUGAUUCCUUUUGAAAACCAGUGCUGUUCUGUAGUACUGGGCUUACUGGAGCCCCCUGGCAUAUCUUUGAGGGUGUCGGUGUCUAAACCGUAGUUUAAGAGAGUCGGGGCUAGAGACAGAGAUAGAGAAUGUGUGUAUAACAGCUAAAUGUAUAUGAAGUAUAAUUAUGAGUUUGACAGAAAUUAUAAAGAUAUAUGAAUAUAAGGAGUGUAUCUGAGAAGACACCCGUAGUACACACACACACACACACACACACACGCACACCUUGUACAUACAAACCGGGACGAGCGGCUUGAACUUGAGUUAUGAUCAAACGGAACAUCGCUGACACACAAACAUUCCUGGUCUCGUCGAGGGGAAUUUGCGUCCUGUGGAUGUGCUCGAGCUGCUGAGCGGCACCGAGCCACAAGGGGGCGCUUAACGGGGCGCUUAACGGGCCUUUUUUUCCUUCUUUUUUUCCCCCCCAGUUGCAGAAAACAAAUAAGCCGAACUAAUUGAAAACACCUUUUCUUCUCCUUAAAUCCCCCCACCCCCCAUCCGCCCCCUCUCCCAGUGUUUUUCACGAUGAGUUUGGACUGGACUUCUAAAGCCAUUGAGAAUUGUGAUUUUUGCGAGCAUAUUUUGCGGAUGUUUUUGUUUAAAAACCCUCGGUGGUGUGGCCGACCGCCCUUUCCUUUGUCAGUAUUACUCCAGGAGUACUGAUUGUUUACAGCCCAUGGCUCCCCGCCCCACUCCUACACCACAAUUUUAGAUGAAAGACUAAAGUAUUCAUUGCAACAGUUCUUGUUUGUACAACAGAUGUGGCUCUACCGAUGUGUAUGUUUUAUAUUCAAGAGUUCAUUUUUAUUAUUUACAAAUAAAAGACUGUGUGGAAGAAGA